GUUAAAACCAAGCGUUUCUGCCAUUGAAAUAACCGCCCGCCCGUUUCCCACCAAAAAUCUUCUUCUGCCACACUAUGUAUAUUCUGCCUUGUCUCUUUAGCUCCUCCCUUUCAAUUCUCUCUUCCACGGCAACUUUGAAUAGCUCUGAUUUGAAGGAUGUUGGCUCGGCUGCGCCACAAGGACCCUUCGGAUGAUUUCGACAUGCAACUGAUUGGAACCUUUCUGAGUUUCGCCUCCAGAGGCGAUAGGGUCGGAUUGAACCAGAUGUUGAGGGAGGGAACAUCUCCAAACGUCCAAGAUUACGAUAAGAGGACGGCUUUGCAUCUCGCCGCUAGCGAAGGCCAUGCCUCGAUUGUUGAGCUUCUUCUGCACUAUAGUGCCAAUGUUAAUCUCGAAGAUAGGUGGCAGAAGACUCCUUUGACAGAUGCCAGACUUUAUGGACAUAGAGAUAUAUGCAGGAUCUUGGAAGUCAGUGGAGGAACUGAUUCUAUCAAUGAUAACCCAAUGACUGUACGUCAUGAACAAGAUUCAAAUGAAGUGAAUUUUGAUAUUACAGAACUGAAUUUGCAGCACUCGUCAAAGAUUGAACAGGGUCUAUUUGGUGAAUCUGAAAAAGUCAAGUGGCGUGGAACAUGGGUUGUUAAAACAGUAAUUAGAAGACAAAUUUAUGAUGAUCGUGUCACAAUGAUAUUGUCUGCAAAAGAAAAUACUCUCUUAAGGGAGCUUCGACAUCCCAAUAUUUUGCAGUUCCUUGGUUCAAUUGUGCAUGGGGAAGAGAUGAUCCUGAUUACAGAGCAUUUGUCAAAAGGGAACUUGAAAACUAUUUUGCAAAAGAAAAACCGUCUUGACCUAGCAACUUCUGUGCGCUAUGCACUUGAUAUUGCUAGGGGUAUGAAUUAUCUUCAUGAGCAUAAGCCCUUGCCCAUAGUCCACAACCAUUUGGAUCUUGAAAACUUGUUGCAAGAUGAAGGUGGCCACUUUAAGAUUGGUGAUUAUUGGGUUCAAAUGUUGUAUGAAAGACAAAAUUGUCAAGAUAGUUGCCAAAGCAUUAGUGGUUCUGGUAUCAUUAGCAAUUCAUCAAAUGGCACCAUGAAAGAUAUCUAUGCGUUUGGAUUGAUAUUUCAUCAGAUGUUAGAAGGAAGUCUUAUGAAUAACAAUAAGAGCCCUGACAAUAUGCAUCUCAAAUCUGGAGAAUUUGAACCCAAGUUUUACAUAAGUCGCUGCCCUAAGAGAAUUCAAGAAUUGAUAGAGCAGUGCGUGAGUGGAGAUCCAUCACAGACGCCCACGCCCACAUUUGCUUCAGCCAUAGCAAUUCUUGAGGAAGUUUCCAUGACUCUUGGAAGACCUGCUUGCCCUGUCUGUUGAUUGCCUUAUGCUAUAUGUAGGUAGACAACAUCUGCACCAAUAAGUUAAGAAACUCUUGCAAUCCUGCAUGCUUCCCUAUGCCUAUGGUAUCUGCUCAACAAACCUCGGGUAAUAAUUUAGUGCUUUGGGUUUGGUAACUCACAGACCCACCCACUGUUUUCACAUCCACUUUACAUUGUUGAUGUAAGCCAUAGCAAUAGUUGGGUUCGUCUCUCUUAUCACUAUCUUGUGAUGAGUUUAUUGUUCCCUUAAUUAUCUCACAACUAACAGGCUUCCAGUGAGUGGUAAAUGUUUGAAUUUGAUUAAAA